UAAGUCAGCAGUCAACAGCGCAGUAGAAGAAGAAAGAAAAAAUUUGUCAUUUCGCAUUUGGUGUAAAGAAAAAAGUGAAACAGUGAAAAAAGGCUGCGACAAAGCAAUUAAUAGUGAAAAUUUAGAUAUAAAUUUAUAAGAAAACCGUGAUCAAUAUGUUAGCAUUAAUAAACAGAAUACUGGAUUGGUUCAAGAGCAUUUUCUGGAAAGAAGAAAUGGAACUGACGCUGGUUGGAUUACAAUUUUCAGGCAAAACAACGUUCGUGAAUGUUAUUGCAUCUGGACAAUUUGCCGAGGAUAUGAUACCGACUGUUGGUUUCAAUAUGCGUAAAAUCACCAAAGGGAAUGUCACUAUUAAAGUUUGGGAUAUCGGUGGUCAACCGAGAUUCAGAUCGAUGUGGGAGCGAUAUUGUCGCGGUGUAAAUGCUAUUGUGUAUAUGGUUGAUGCAGCUGAUUUGGAUAAAAUGGAGGCAUCUAGAAAUGAAUUGCAUUCAUUACUGGAUAAACCGCAGUUAGCGGGUAUACCUGUGUUGGUGCUAGGCAAUAAACGUGAUCUUCCAGGUGCACUUGAUGAAACCGGCCUAAUUGAGCGAAUGAACCUAGCAAGCAUACAAGACAGAGAAAUUUGCUGUUACAGCAUUUCGUGUAAGGAAAAGGACAACAUCGAUAUAACGCUGCAAUGGUUGAUCGCACACUCAAAAAGCCAAAGCCGUUAGAAAAUUAUGCCUAUAGUUUACUAGUGCUGUUGCUGUAGAAAGCAAAUUAAAUGUGGCGUGAGCAUAUUUAUAAGACAAUGAAAAUACAAAUAAAUAACAAUUAAAACGAAUAAUAACAAAAUGAUAAAACCGUAGAACACUGCAAAACAAUUAGGCAUUUUAAUUAAACAACAAAAAAAAAAACAGAAAAACAUUCAUUGCUACACUUUGUAUGAAUCAAAUGAGAUAAAUGUAUGCAGUUGUGAUUACGCAUGAUACACUCUAUAUAGAUCAAAAAUGUAUUCGAUUAAAGUGAAUUGACAAAAAUGAAAUUUAACAAAAUAAUUAGGACUACAGAAACCACAAAUUAAUUAGCUAAAAGUACAUUUCUAAUCGUGCAUUUGUGAUUGCGAUCUAAACCUUAAAUGCUGUAUUUGAGCAAUUCAAUUUUGUUUCGAAAUUUUGAAAAAAGAAAUGUGUGUGGUUGAAAUUGUUCAAAAUUGUGUUUGCCAGUUUAGCACAUUUAGUACAAAAGUAAUGCAAGAAAUUAAUAUGCAAAAGUAAAACAAAUUUGUGAAAUGCAAUGCAAUCUGAAUUAUUCAAUAUGCACUAAAUUGUAUGUAUGUAUGUAUGUAUAAUUUUUAACACUCAUUUGUCCACUUUCUAUGUCUCAAUUCUUAAGUUUAGUCUACUCUAAACAGGAAUAAGUUUUCUAGCGCUCGGUGUGAUUACAAAAUAUGAUAUAUAUAUAUAUAUUAUUUACAUUUAAAUGCUAUAUUUAGAAAUUUCAUUUAUAUUUACAUAUGUAUAUUCUUAAUUCGAAUUUGUAGGCUACAUUUUCACUUACGAAAAUACACUAAGAACCUACUCUGUUGAGCACGCGUCUAUAUUAUUUUUUGAAAACUAUAAUAAGCGCAAACUGGUGUGGCUAAAGAAAUAAUAAUUAACAAAUGAAAAUAAGCCAACUAUAAUCGCAAGACACUGUACGAAGUGCAUUACUACACGUUUGAUAUCGAAAUGUGAAACACAAUUAUUAAGCAUUGUUUAUUGUAUGUAUUUAAUCACGUUAUAAAACACAAAACAAAAGGAAAAAAGAAAAACAACAACAAAAACUACUCAUGAAAAC